AUGCCAACCGAGCCAGCAUUGGCGGACGGGCGUCUGCCGACACCGCAGACAGCCAAAGAAUACUCGUUCCCCAUGACCCCUUAUGACAUCCAGCUUGAUUUCAUGAGACGGCUAUUCGAGACAAUCGAGAACGGCGAUUUCGGCAUAUUCGAAAGCCCCACCGGCACCGGCAAGUCGCUCAGCAUUAUCUGCGGCGCGCUCACAUGGCUCCAGCACAACUCAGAGCGCCCGCCCGCCAGAGAAUUACCAGCCACCGACGCGCCUGCAUGGGUGGUCGAGUUUGAGCGCAAGCGGCUCAACCAAAGCAAUAAUGGGGAUGCCGGCGACAAGUACGAUAGUUGGGUGAAGAAAGUGCGCAGUCAGGAGCAGGCAAUGCAGCGGAGGUCGAAUUACCGACAUAUCGCUGGCAAUAGCACGGCUGGGCUGAAGCGCAAGACGGAGGUGGAUAGUGAUAGCGAGCUUGUUGUUGAUGCGUACUAUAGCGACGACAUGGCCAGGAAGCCGACCGAGGACAAUGUCGAUGACAGCGAGGUCCGGUACUCGGACAAUGUGCGCAGGCUGCUGCAACAGCGGGCGGAGAACAAGCCGUAUUUCGACAGCUCCGACGAAUCUGACCUCAGUGACAAUGGGGGCGAUGGUGGGCCGCCCGAGGAGCCGAAUGUGACCAAAAUCUACUAUGCCUCACGCACGCACUCGCAGCUACAGCAGUUUGUCGGCGAAAUCAGGCGCACCGAGUUUGCCCGCCGGGGUGUCAAAUGCGUAUCGCUGGGCUCGCGCUGGCAGCUGUGCAUUAACGAUUCGGUACGCCAUGGCUGCAAAGCCGUCCAUCCAAUUAACGAGCGGUGUCUGGAGAUGCAGCAGAACCCAAAGAAGAGGCGGUGUCCAUUCCUACCAGCAUUGCAGACGCCGAUGCUUGAUUUCAAGGACUCAAUCGGAAGCAAAAUCAUGGACAUUGAGGAUUUGGCAAAGGAGGGGAGGAGGGCUGGUGUUUGCUCGUACUAUGGAUCGCGGAAUGCCGUGCGUGCGGCGCAGGUCGUAGCGUUGCCGUAUAAUAUGCUGCUGUCCAAGAGCGCGCGCGAGUCCAUGGGUGUAUCGCUCAAAGACCAUGUGGUGAUUGUUGACGAGGCGCACAAUCUGGUGGACACCAUCCUCGCCAUCCACUCGGUCACAAUCGACCUGCACACUGUUGCGGGGCUUGAGGAGAUGGUGCAGAUGUACUUUUCAAAGUACUGGCGCCGCCUCAAAGGCAGCAACACCGUGUACAUCCGCCAGACACUGGCGCUGCUGAAGGCGCUGCGCAAGUACAUGCAUGGGGUUGCCAGUGGUGGGGAGUCGACCAGUGUCCUGUCAGUGAACGACUUUUUGCAGCGCGCACAUGCAGACCACAUAAAUGUGUACAAGAUCGACCGGUAUCUGCGCGAAAGCAAGCUAGGGCGCAAGCUGAACAUGUUUUCUGAUAGGCGCCAUUUGGAGGAACUCCAGGCUGCACCAAAGCGGGGGAGGGUGGAGUCGAUGGAGACGGCUGGCAGCGACAAACCAGCCAUUUUGUCUGCGCCAGCUUCGGGGAUUGCGUCGCUUGAGGCGUUCAUGGAGUGCAUUGGGAGACCGGACCGGACCGGGGCCCGUCUUGUUGUGCGUACACUGGCUAAAGACAAGCCCACAGUCGAGCUCAAGUACCUGCUGCUAGAUCCGUCUGAGGCCUUUGGCGAGAUUCGCAGGGAGGCACGCGCAGUGAUCUUGGCUGGUGGCACCAUGAAGCCAGCUACGGACAUCGUCGAACAGCUGCUCCCUGAUAUCCGGCGUAUGUCAACUGAGGAUAUUGCUGAUGAGCACCGGAAGAAGCUUGACCCACAUAGCGCGAGGUUGUUUGCAUGGGAGCAUGUGGUCGCUCGCUCGCACAUCAAGGAGCUGGUGGUGGACAGCGGUCCGACGGGCCAGCCGAUGAGAUUUACGUUCCAGGACCAGUCAGAUAUGGUGCGGAUCCGCGAUGCCGGCCUGGCACUGGCAAGCCUAUGCAAUGUGAUCCCGGCUGGGGUGGUCGCAUUUUUCCCAUCGUAUGCCCUGCUGGGGAAAAUGUUUGCCGAAUGGACAAAGCACGGGAUCAUCCAGCGUAUCGAGAGGAAAAAGCCGGUGUUCUGCGAGUCGCAUUCUGCGAAUCUCCAGGACAUGCUGCCAAAUUACAUGAAGCGCGUACAUGCACCGGGGUCCACUGGUGCAGUUCUGCUGAGCGUGGUUGGCGGCAAGCUCAGCGAAGGCAUUAAUUUCAGCGAUGACCUGGGCCGUGCUGUCGUCAUGAUCGGCGUGCCGUUCCCUAACCUUGCCUCACCAGAGCUCGCCGAGCGCAUUGCCUUCUACGAUGGGGUGGCGGCAGGGAAGAUGGGUCCGCGCGGGCGAGAGCUGUACGAGUCGUUGUGUAUGAGGGCCAAUGACUAUGCUGCAAUCGUGUUUUUGGACAGCAGGUAUGCAGAUAGCAGGAUUUCCAGCAAGCUGCCGUCAUGGAUGGCCCACUCGAGCACUCAGCCAGGGCAGAAGGUCGAGCACAUGCCAUUUGGGCCGGCUGAUAAGCGAUCAGCUAGCGACGACAUGAUUACAUUCGAAGCUUUGGUACAGCCCGAGAAGCUGCGCAAGGCCAUCCUCUCAGCCUAUGUUGUGGAUAUGGAAUGGCUAACCGGCAAGUUUAGGUCAGAGACAAAAAUCGUGCUGGUUGAGAACUACAAUCCGAAGACAGAGCACAGAGGGGCUAUGCAGUUUGACCGUGGAAUGUUGACGAUAGUUCACCCGGAAUUCAACCCCCGGCAGAUGUACCCUAUUGUGCAUUCGAAGUUCAUGCUGCUGUUCUAUGACACGCAUGUGCGAUUGGUGGUAGGCUCAGCAAACCUUAUCCCGGUUGACUGGAGUAUAAUCCAAAACAUUUUGUUUAUCCAGGACCUGCCAUAUACGCCCAACCAGCCCCAGCCUACAACCGAGUUUGGGAUAUCACUGACGGAGGUGCUUUUGGACCUGAGCGUGCCAAGCCAAGCAGCUGCGCAAUUGAAUUAUAUUGAUUUUCGCAAGGUCACCGUGCACCUCGUUGCCUCUGUGCCGACAAGCUACCGGCGCAGCACCGACCAUUCGACACACUACGGAAUCAGCCGGUUAGCCCAGGUUGUGCAUAAAAUGAAGCCGCAUAUGCCGGCUGUCGACAAUGCCAGCUUGAACCUGUAUGUGUACGGAACCUCGAUGAGUGCCAUUACUGAACAAUACCUGACGGUGUUUUAUAAAUGCGCGCAGGGGCCAGAUCCCCAGUCGCUGAACAGCAUGUCCAGAUGGUAUAUGGAUAAAAGCGCCGUGCGUGUAUAUAUCGGGUUCCAUACAGAGGACCAGGCACAGCAAUUUAGAUACGAGAGCCAGAGCCGCAGCAGCCUGGUGUUUAUGCGAAGCAUGUACAUUAACCCCUCGUUCCCCAGAGACCGGUUGUAUAAGAUCAGGGCCUCUUCCCCGCGGGUCGCCACCCAUGCCAAGGUCAUUAUGGCGCGCUUGGGCAGGGCACAAGACCAUGGGUGGGUCUACCUGGGCAGCCACAACUUUACACAAGGGGCAUGGGGCCGGCCGAAGGAUACAUCGCGGCCCAACAUUAACAACUACGAGCUGGGCGUCGUCAUCCCAGAUAUCAGCUACUCUGUUGAGGCUGGGCAUACACAUGCCAUGUGGAAUGGUGUCAGGGUUCCACUUUCGUUUGAUUCAGCCCUGUCACUUGUCGAAUAUGGUAGUGACGGCAGCGAGGACGAGAGUGAACCAAAGAAUGAAGGAGAGGCAGAGGAACAAGCUGACGAGGCCAAUGGCCUACCUGCAGGGUUCUUUGAUGCUGGAGUAGAGCCUGAGGUAGAUGGGGCAGAAGAAGACCCAGAUGUCCAAAUGGACGACGAGAAACCAAAUGACCAGCCUGCUCUGCCCGCGGGGUUCUUUGACAGCGCAACCGAGCAAAAAGCUGCAGAGACAAAAACCUCUGUUGGCCAGAUACGUGUCGAGCAAAAGAAGGACCUGGCAAAGGACCUGGCCAGCUUUGAGGCGGAGAUAGCCGAUCUCGCCGAAGAGAAUAGCCUUGUGCGCACGACCGAUGAGGCAGAUAUGCAAAAGUCGGCAAUCGACGAGCUAGACCGCAAGGACCGGGAGUGGAAGGCAAGGACACAGAGACUGGCCAAGAUGCGAGCAGUCAUUCAAGAGGGAUUAAAGGAAAUGGACGUGAGCCAGAUAGAAACGAACGAGGAGCAGGCUGAUGCGGCAUCAAGUGGGUCAGAUUCAGACAUGAGUGACAUAGACGAGAUAGCGGACUGGCGGUCCCGGACAUUCUAA